AUGUACACCUGGGUGCUGCAGUUUCUUACUGUUCUAGAUUCGCAACAACCUGAGCCGCCAGAUCAUUUAUUUCUUUUUCUGAUCUGGGGGCGAUGGCCUCGCCGUCGAGCUGCUGCAGGUGCUGACCACUGGUCACCGCGUUCCCCACCAACACUGCAGCAUACUCAGGGAACCACCGGCUGCACGGGUUGCCGCGAAAGUCGACUCGCUGCGAUCCAGUCGAAGCAGCAACAGCAACAGCAGCAACAGCAGCAGCAGCAACAGCAACAGCUGCAACAGCAGCAACAGCAACAUCAAGAACAGGAGAAACGGCAUCAGCACGAGCAACAGCAGCAACACCAGCCCGAUCAGCAGCAGCAGCCCGAGCAGCAGCAGCAGCAGCAGCAGCAACAGCAGCAGCAGCAGCAGCAUCAGCAGCAGCAGCAGCAGCAGCAGCAGCAGCACCGUGAGUUUGAGAUAUACAGCCGUACACACACGCAGAUGCUGUCGAAGCAGCAACAGCAACAGCAGCAACAGCAGCAGCAGCAACAGCAACAGCUGCAACAGCAGCAACAGCAACAGCAGCAACACCAGCCCGAUCAGCAGCAGCAGCCCGAGCAGCAGCAGCUGCUCGAGAGCAGCAGCAGCAGCAGCAGCCCGAGCAGCAGUAGCAGAAGCAACACCAGCCCGAGCAGCAGCAGCAGCAGCAGCAGCAGCAGCAGCAGCACCGUGAGUUUGGUGAGUCCCUUGAGGUAG